CGCGUCUAUAAAAAAUUCAUUUGCUUGAAAUUGCAGAAGAGGAAAUUGCAGAAGAGGAAAUUGUAAAAAAUCUCGAGGAAUCGAUUAUCUUUUCACCGCAAGGGCAACCACGAUCUCUGCAGAGCUCUUUGAGUUCCCGACAUAUCUGUAGCUACACACUCAAUGUCUGUGACGUUGCACACAAAUUUGGGAGACAUCAAGUGCGAAAUCUUCUGCGAUGAAGUUCCCAAGACCGCUGAAAACUUCCUGGCACUAUGUGCAAGUGGUUAUUAUGAUGGAACCUUAUUUCAUCGAAAUAUUAAGGGAUUCAUGAUACAAGGCGGUGAUCCAACUAACUCAGGCAAGGGUGGAACGAGUAUAUGGGGUAAGAAGUUCAAUGAUGAGAUACGAGAGUCACUUAAGCACAAUGCUAGAGGUAUAAUGUCCAUGGCGAAUAGUGGUCCUAAUACUAAUGGAAGCCAGUUUUUCAUUACUUACGCAAAGCAACCUCAUCUUAAUGGGCUCUACACCAUCUUUGGCAAAGUGAUUCAUGGCUUUGAAGUUCUUGAUAUAAUGGAGAAGGCACAAACAGGACCAGGGGACCGGCCUCUUAUGGAGAUCAGGAUCAAUCGUGUAACAAUACAUGCUAACCCGCUUGCUGGCUAGUUGCUCUAAAAGUAAGAUUGAUGUAAUUCAUGAGACAAGCAGACACUUGGGCAUGUUGGGAGGUACCCGACAGAGAGUAUAACUUUCUAUCAUCUCAGAUUGAAAAAAUGAAGUCAACUUUCAUUAUUGGUUGCCUUUUCCAGCCGAUUCUGAAGAAUUUGCCUGAAACUUGUCACCAAUUUUGUCCUUAACUCACAAUGUUUGCUCUGUGAUAGUCUUCCUCUGAAAUAACUCAUGUUGGCAUAAUUAAACAAUAUAUUACUAUGUUGUGUACUGUCAAUUUAUGUUUUGUCUUUAUUUUACUGUCUGUCUUGUCUUUCUACUGUGUUAAAUUUUGUAUAUUAGCACAAUAACUGUCGUUCUCAUGUUGAUAUAUUAGGAAAGUGUAUUUUCAUGUUA